GCUAUGAGUUGGGUCCAACUCAAUGUCAUGCCUGAGCCUUCGAAAUCUGCUCCUGCUCCUAAGAAGGGUUCCAAGAAGGCCAUAACUAAGGCCCAGAAAAAGGAUGGCAAGAAGCGCAAGCGCAGCCGCAAGGAAAGCUACUCUAUCUACGUUUACAAGGUGCUGAAACAGGUCCACCCAGACACGGGGAUUUCGUCCAAGGCCAUGGGCAUCAUGAACUCCUUUGUCAACGACAUCUUCGAGCGCAUAGCUGGUGAGGCGUCUCGCCUGGCUCAUUACAACAAGCGUUCGACCAUCACCUCCAGAGAGAUCCAGACGGCUGUUCGUCUGCUGCUGCCUGGGGAGCUGGCGAAGCACGCCGUGUCCGAAGGCACCAAGGCUGUCACCAAGUACACCAGCUCUAAGUAA